CUACAUACUGUAUCUGCGUUGCUGGCUUGCGGCCUACGUGUGUGGAAAUUCCAAUUCAGAUCAUUGAUUGUGAAUGACCUAAGUUUUGCAAAUACCAUUUCCAGGAGGUUUUCCAGGCGACAGGAGUUAUAAACGGUGUAGUCCAGGUUUGAGUACACACAAUACAACUCCAUCAACACAAGAAGAGUCUUAAUAGAAAAUCUAUCUGGCCGACCUUGGCGUACGAGUAGACGCCAUAUUUGAUACUAGUGAGUGACGUUAUACACUAUACAUUGACAUUGCGCAUAUUCUGCGCCAAUAGUACUGGAAGGCGGUUAAACUACAGGAUAAUAUGGACAUAAUGAACGACAUUGAAACUGAUUGUGUGAGUGCUGUGCGGCCUAGCCCGAUGAGAAUGGAUCAUCUUAAUAAACUCCACAAGAAUGACAUGGAUAACUCUAGCAGUUUUGAUCCCGGCUAUGGCUCCGGUUCUUUUACCAGUGGGGAUGUGAACAGUUUACGGGAUGAUAUUUCCCGACUGAACAGUAACAAUAAGUCUUUGGGAGCCCUACCUGAACAAUUUGAGGGUAACACAGACAAAAUAGAAAUAGAUGAUCUGUCUGCCAAGACCAGGGAUAUGACCGUCACGGACGAAGGGUUUACGGAUUACACGUCCGUACAGGAAAGUGAAGCGCAGGAUACCGAGGGAGUACCCAAGGAUAGGGUCACGCCCGAGGCAUUGAUGGUGUACGGCACAGACUCCGAAGGUGACAAUCUUCUCUUUUUGGCGAUUAUAAAUGAACAGAUACCUCUGGCAACUGUAAUAAUACAGAUGGCGCCCGCAGCCGACUGGCUUGACAUUUACAACGACGAAUUACGCCAGACUGCGUUACAUCUCGCUGUCUUGACGAGGCAAGUGUCCGUUGCCAGGAGACUGGUUGUCGGGGGAGCGUGUUUAGAAAUGUGUGACCAUAAUGGAGAUACGCCUCUCCACAUUGCGUGCCGACAGGGAGAUGCUGAUACAGUUCGGGCACUGUUGGAACCGGUCCGAUAUGAAGAGCUCCAGCAAAACGAAUACUCCAUCCGUUACCAGAAAAUCCCCCAAAAUUUGGAAAUCAGAAACUCUGCUGGGUGCACGUGCCUCCACGUGGCGGCGGAAAAUGGACACAUGAAUGUUAUGAAGAUUCUGCUUUCUAAAGGAGCUCAAAUAAACAAUGGUGACGCCAAAAAGGGAGCAACUGUACUGCACCGAGCAGCAGAACGGGGCGAUCUCAGCCUCACAACAUUUCUCCUGGGACUUUCUGAUAUCAAUGUGGACAGUAAAAUGUAUGGCGGUGCCACACCGGCAGUCAUUGCCUACGGCAGGCGACACUGUGAAAUCGUAGACAUUCUGAAAAAGUUUGGAGCAAGAACUGAUUACUUAAGUGAAAUGUUUGAUGAUAGUGAUUCUGAUGUGUAAAAUGGAGACAUUUUCUUGCACUGACUAUUUUCUCCUCAACUGAACAUUUUCGAUAAAAUCAGAUUUGGGGGAAAUCGUAAACAAAAAGGCAGCUGAGUGUGAGAGCAUGAGAGGUUGUGAAAUAUGUAGGGAGUAGUGUUGAUGAGUAGAGGGAGCGAGGGCGCGGGGAGAAGACGGAUAAACAGAAUUCCAUAAAUAUCGUAGAUUAAAACAUUAACGCCAAUAUUGGAGUACGAGGGGAAUAUUGGAAUCAGAGACGUAUAUACCAGAUAUACCUGAUAUACAAGUCUCUGAUUGAAUCCCUGAUAAAGUAGGUCUAUUGGAUUCAAAAAAAAUUCGCGUAGUUGAAUACAUAUAUAGUAUUAUAGAAGAUGGGGCACUAUAGAUUUACGCCAUGAGCGACAGCGGGAAAUACCCAGAGGAAGGGAUUUACGUCGUCAUGGUUUAACUUGUGACUACACAGGAAUGUCGCGCGGUGACAUCAGGUGCGGCAGAUUUAGUAGUAUGGCGUACCUGGUGACCUCGGCGAUAUGGGCGAGACUUCCUGGUGUAUUUGAUGGAUCGCCUAGCUCUAUUGAUUUAGACAAGAGACUAACAUUAUAUACAUCACUGUAUAAUUUACUAGUUUAUUUUACAAUAAGAAUUUGUUUACUCUUACAUAGGUAAUCAUUUUUAGGGUGGGUAUUUAACAAUUGUCCGACGUGUAAGUAUGUACAUUUGUAUAAGUAGCAAUAAUAACAAAGCUAAAUGAAGGCCGACUUUAUUGGGCAGAUCAGUUGAUCAUGAUUCCCUUCAGAAAUUCCUGAUUGGUAGUCGAGAUUUAAUCAAAAUGCUCUAUAAAUUCUGAUCUUUCGUUUUGGCUGGCCAGUAAUAGUUGUGUAUUGUUGAUAACAUUUGAUUUUUUACUCUUUAAAAUUUCACUGAUUACAAACGAAAAUAUCAAAAAACCUAGUGUAUAGAAUUUCAUGAAUAAUUUGGAACUUGUGUUCGAUGAAAUUUUAAUGUUGUAAUAAAAUACAAUGGUAUUA